AUGCCAACAUGUUGCAGGGGCCUCAGAGCCUUCCGCCAGAUCUCGCACAACCAGGACUGGGCCUUCGUGCCCGCCUCCUACGCCUCCUCCAACUACGCGGCCUUCGUCACCAGCAAGCACAACGGCAAACCCAACAGCCUCGGCGUCAGCAAUGGGGCCGAGAAGAAGAGUGUGUCCCCCACCCAUCAGGCCAAGGUCAGCCUCCAGAUGGCCACCAGCCCCAGCAACGGGAACAUCCUCAACGCCGUGGCCAUCCAGGCUCACCAGUACCUGGAUGGCACCUGGUCCCUGUCAAGAACCAACGGGGUCACCCUGUACCCCUACCAGAUCUCCCAGCUGAUGACAGAGACGGGCCGGGAGGGCCUGUCCGAAGCGGUGCUGAAUCGCUACAAUGCAGACAAGCCGUCCGCCUCCGGCGCCCCGGCCUCGCAGGGCUCCUGUGUGGCCACUGAGACCUCCACGGGCACCUCCGUGGCCGCGUCCUUCUUUGCAAGAGCUGCCCAGAAGUUGAAUCUGUCUUCUAAGAAGAAGAAGCACCGACCUUCCGCUUCCGUGGCCGAGCCCCCGCUCUUCGGCACCAGCUUCAGUGGCAUCCUGCAGACCUCCCCGCCCCCCGCCCCGCCCUGCCUGCUGCGGGCCGUCAGCAAGGUGAAGGACACGCCAGGCCUGGGCAAGGUGAAGGUCAUGCUGCGCAUCUGCUCCACGCUGGCCCGCGACACCUCGGAGUCCAGCUCCUUCCUGAAGGUGGACCCCCGCAAGAAGCAGGUCACCUUGUACGACCCCCUGGCAUGCGGAGGUCAAAGCGCCUUCCAGAAGAGAGGCAGCCAGGUGCCUCCCAAGAUGUUCGCCUUUGACGCGGUUUUCCCGCAGGACGCUUCUCAGGCGGAAGUGUGCGCUGGGACCGUGGCGGAGGUGAUCCAGUCCGUGGUCAACGGGGCGGACGGCUGCGUGUUCUGCUUUGGCCACGCCAAGCUGGGCAAGUCCUACACCAUGAUCGGGAGAGACGACUCCACGCAGAGCCUGGGCAUCAUCCCGUGCGCCAUCGCCUGGCUCUUCAAGCUCAUCAACGAGCGCAAGGAGAAGACCGGCGCCCGCUUCUCCGUCCGCAUCUCGGCCGUGGAGGUGUGGGGCAAGGAGGAGAAGCUGCGGGACCUGCUGUCCGAGGUGGCCACGGGCAGCCUGCAGGACGGCCAGUCCCCGGGCGUGUACCUGUGCGAGGACCCCAUCUGCGGCACGCAGCUGCAGAACCAGAGAGAGCUGCAGAUGCCGGGUAACGAGGGCCGGAAAGGAAUGCCUGCGCCCAGCAUUCACCUCCUUCGCCUUCUCAGCGCGAGAGUGUCCGGGGGCCGCAGCCGCCUGCACCUCAUCGACCUGGGCAGCUGUGUGAAAGCGCUCAGCAAGAACCGUGACGGCGGCGCGGGGCUGUGCCUGUCCCUGUCCGCGCUGGGCAACGUCAUCCUGGCCCUCGUCAACGGCAGCAAGCACAUCCCCUACAAGGACAGCAAGCUCACCAUGCUGCUGCGGGAGUCCCUGGGGAACGUCAACUGCCGCACCACCAUGAUCGCGCACAUCUCGGCCGCCGCCGGCAGCUACGCCGAGACCCUGUCCACCAUCCAGAUCGCCUCCCGAGUCCUGAGGAUGAAGAAGAAGAAAACAAAGUACACGUCGAGCUCGUCGGGGGGAGAGAGCUCCUGUGAGGAAGGCAGGAUGCGCAGGCCCACGCAGCUGAGGCCCUUCCAGGCCAGGGCCGCCGUGGACCCCGACUUCCCCGUCCCACAGCUGUCCAGCGACCCCGACUACUCGUCCAGCAGCGAGCAGUCCUGCGACACGGUCAUCUACAUCGGGCCCAGCGGCACGGCGCUCUCCGACAAGGAGCUCACGGACAACGAGGCCCCCAGGUCCUGA